AGCAUCCUUUAGAGGACAGACACUUCAGUCAAUAAGCAACCACUCACUUUAAUAUAACCUGUAACAUUUUUUAGCUGAGCUUCAAGUCCUUUGGUUUAAUUGAAAUCAUCCGCUGUGCUUUCAUUUGGGUAGAAUGGCAAGCUUUGGACUGCAGGUCGCUGGUUUUCUUAUCUCCCUGGUUGGAGUCUCUGCAACUAUUGCCGCCACUUUCAUGGUGGAGUGGGGGAAACAAACUCAAGGAAAAAAUCCUGUCUAUGAUGGUUUGUGGAUGAGCUGCAGUGGCACCGCGGAGAAAAGCAACUGUGAACUUUACAAGCAUAUAUUGAAAGUGCCAACUCAUAUCCAAGCGACAAGAUCAGUGAUGCUGGUCAGCCUCUUCCUCUCUGCCAUGGCGCUCAUAUCCUCAGUAUUGGGGAUGAAGUGCACCCGUUUCAUGGAAGCUGUACCUCAAAGCAAAGUGAAAGCAACUAUCGUUGGAGGGAUACUGUUUAUCAUUUCAGGUCUUUUAACUAUCAUCAUCACCUCCUGGUACAUCAGUGUGGCUGUUGAGACCACACAUUCUCUUAUAAACAAAGAAUUUGGUCAUGCAGUGUUCGUCAGCUUGGCGGGUGGAUUCCUGACUGCUCUGGGUGGAGUCAUCUUGAGUCUUCGGAGAUGUGGGGGGUCCAGAGGGUCAGCCGAAUCCAUAAGUACCAAUCAGCUUCUCACCACUAAAAACAUUAAGGACAAUUAUGUCUAACAGGAAAGCUUGGACCCCCACAUCCCACUGUGAGAUAACUAUCCAUAGUAGCAUUAUCCUCCAUUCCAUGAUGUAAAAAUGUGAAAAAUGCAAUACUCAAUGUAAUUUUCUUUUGUAAAAGUUGAUUUCUAAAGUGUGAACUUUUCUAAGAUUAUAUGGAUCUUCUUUGCUUUCUACUUCGACCUUAUUGUUUUGUAAAGAUGACUGCAAAGACUGUUCAGUCUCACACUG